AUGUUUAAAAGAGAUAUCUUAAAGUUUGGUGGAUGCUGUUCGAGUGCACAAUUCAUUCUAUCGGAUUUUAAAUUGAACGCGUGGCUCGGUGUCAACCUUGGCUGGGGUCUAGCGUUGGUUUUCGCUGUUUAUGCUGGAGCAAAUAUAUCAGGAAGUCAUUUGAAUCCAGCCGUUUCAUUUUUCCUAUUCACGUUGGGUCGUUUAUCGGCACUUCGAUUCGCUAUCUACAGCUUGGCUCAAAUUUUCGGUGGUUUCAUUGGUGCAGCGCUUACGUAUUUAGUCUAUUUUGAUGCAUUCCAGAAUUUGGAAGGCAACCGCAGAACUUUGGCUACUGCAGGUGUUUUUGCCACUUACCCGUCAUCGUAUCUUUCAAUGACUGGCGGUGUGCUUGAUCAGAUAAUCGGAACAGCGUUUUUGUGUGUUUGCGUGAGCGUUGUAACCGAUAAGAACAACAGAAUUCCAUCCCACUUACAACCGUUGUUAAUCGGUUUAAUUGUUGCGCUGAUUGGGAUGAGUAUCGGUAUGAAUUGUGGCUAUGCGAUCAACCCGGCCAGAGAUCUUGGUCCGCGGUUGUUCACGCUCGUUGCCGGAUGGGGAUGGCAAACUUUUAGUGUCAAUGGAUACCGAUGGUUUUGGAUUCCGAUAGUCUGUCCAAUGUUCGGAGCUCUUUUUGGUGCAUGGACCUACCAAAUUUGCCUGGGUAUGAAAGCAGUUAACUGCACGCUGAUUUCGGCUUUAUUGUAUUUUUCAAGCGUAGAAUCGGCAAAAAGACCGUUAUGGAAGAAUUAUGAUCAGAAUAAAUUGAAAGCGCUGCGAUAA